AUGGCCUGGGGGCCCCUCGUGAUGGCCCUGGGGUUUGUCUUUGGGGGCCUCACCAGUUUCGGGCUGUCGCUGGCGAACGACAUUUGCCGCCUGCGCCGCCGCCAGUCCGCAGCCAAGAAGCAGCGCCGCCGCAUUGACAACCUCAUGCGCUGGGCGAACUACCACUUCGGGACCAGCCAGUCGCAGCUGCAGCUGAUCUUCAAAGUGGUGUUGGAAUACCAAGAAGCAGAAAGAGAAGAAAGACUCAUUUUAUGCGCCGACGUAAAUGAGGAAGUCCAGCGGCACGUCAUGAAGGGCGGGGACCUGGUGCAAGCCCUCCGAAUCGAGUCGUCCUCGCCUCUCGUCGGCAGCGACACUUCAGAGUCUGCUUUUGGGGCCUCUGAAGAAGAAGCCAAACAAGACAUCUCCCCAGGAGACCUUAUGCCCCGCAGCGAAUUCAAUGUGGCUUUGCCCACAGAGCCUGCAAUAGAUUUGGCCCGCCAGGCCUCCGUGCUGCGGGAAGCAGCAGCAGCAGCAGCAGCAGCAGGGGCAGCAGCAGCAGCAGCAGGAACUGCGGCCACCAACGCAGCAGCAGCAGCAACGGGAGCAGCACCGCACUCGCCUUCGCCAAACGCAGCAGCAGCAGCAGCAGCAGCGAGCGCUGCAAGCGGCAGCAGCGGGGCCGGAGCAGCAGCAGCAGCAGCAGCUGCUGCUGCUGCUGCUGCUGCUGCUGCUGCGGCUCCUUCCAGAAGCAUGCGGAGCGAGCGCGUGGACUCUCUCAAGACGUUGACUGCCAACACCUCUUUACAGGGGCCCCCUCGGCUGUUUCGGUCUUACGAGGACUUGGUGAAUUUUGACACGAAGUUGAAACACCAGACGCCCAU